GUCUGGGCGUAUGAGCUUCCACUCUUGAAUAGUUAUUAUUCCUGAAACAAUUUCUUCUCUGAUAAUCCGAUGAUCUGCCGGUAAAUUGUUUACUUCACAGUGGUUUUUCAGACCAGGUUCAAAACUUCUGUUGAUGGGUGCUCCUAAGCAGAAGUGGACAGCGGAAGAAGAAGCAGCCCUCAAAGCUGGAGUCCAAAAGCAUGGGACUGGGAAAUGGCGCACAAUUCUUUCAGAUCCUGAGUUUAGUGAUGUACUUCGUUUGCGCUCAAAUGUGGAUCUCAAGGAUAAAUGGAGAAACAUAAAUGCAACAGCCAUAUGGGGCUCAAGGCAGAGGGCCAAAAUUGCACUUAAAAGGGCUCAGUUGACCCCUAAACAGGACGAUAACCCUAUGGCUCUAAUGCCUGUACCCCAAUCUGAUAAUGGAAUUGUUGACACUAAGCCUCUCGCCAUAUCUAGUGGAACCCUGCGGACUGGUGAUUCCAAAAAGCGAAUUGCAAGGCUGGAGAAUCUUAUAUUAGAGGCUAUUAUGAAUUUGAAAGAGCCAGGUGGUUCUGACAGAGCCUCAAUUGCUUCAUACAUAGAGGACCAAUAUCGGGCUCCAUCAACCCUCAAGAAGCUUUUGGGAGCAAAACUAAAGCUUAUGAUUGAAAAUGGCACACUGACCAAGAUAAAGCAUAAGUACAGGGUUGCACAUGGUUUAACAAUUUCUGAAGGAAGAAGGUCCCUCCCACUACUUUUGGAAGGAAAGCAGAAGGGUUCUCCAAGGGCAGAGAAGAAGGAGAUCAAAAUUCUCACUAAAGCCCAAGUUGAUGCAGAGCUGUCAAAGAUGAGGAUCAUGACUGCAGAAGAGGCUGCUGCAGCAGCUGCACGAGCAGUUGCAGAAGCAGAAGUUGCAAUUGCAGAGGCUGAAGCAGCAGCCAGGGAGGCAGAGACAGCAGAAGCUGAAGCAGAAGCAGCGCAGAUUUUUGCCGAAGCAGCUGAGAAAGCAUUGAAAUCCAGGAUGCUGAUGGCAUAAGCUGGAUACCAAGUCUGAGCUUGAUUGUUGCUUGAACCAUGCAUCAGCACUGAGAUCAUGCAAGCCUGGACAUCUACUGGCAGUAUGUCUAUAACUGUAAAUAUAUAUCACGGCAUGUAAAGCAUGGAACUAGUUCAUUAAGGUGUAUGCAUUUCCUCUCUGAGCAAACAUGGUGAGAGUUUUGAGGUUUUUUAUGAUCUUAUGAUUUAAAGAUUAUAAACUAGCCAGAGAAAUAGAAAUAGAAAAUUUAUGAUACA